AUGGUCCAAAACCCUAAAAAACGCCCUAAGGACAUCGACGACUUCCCUUUCCCGAGCCCGCCAGUUCGCCCCAUGGCCUCCUCCGGCGACGUCUGCAGCGGCGGCUGCCCCUGCGGCGCCGUGGAGGUGCGCAUCAGCGGCGUGCUGCCCCUGAUGCAGGGCUACUGCCACUGCACCAUCUGCCAGGACUAUCACUCCGCGCCCAUGUGCGCCGUGGUGGCCUUCCCGUGGGCGGGCCCGGACGACCGCAACGUGGAUUUUGUGAAAGGCAGGGACGGCAUGAAGACGUACAACAGGACUGCCGCGAUCGAUCGGUGCUUCUGCGGCUCGUGUGGGUCGCCGGUUGUGAAUUUUAACACCGCGGCGGGCUUCGCGAGUUUUUUUCCGCGGAUUUUGCAUGGGUGGAAGUUCGAAGGCCAGUCGCAUUUGUACUAUGGGGACCGCGCUGUGGACGUGAGGGACGGGCUGGUAAAGUACGUGGACCUGCCCAAGGAAUGGGGGGGCUCGGGCGAGGUGGUGGAGCAUUGA